AUGCUCUUUCCCACACAGAUUUGUAUGCUUUUUCUAGUUGUAUUGGUCAAUGCUGCAGAGCAGAGCGUUUCUGACAAAAACACUGGCUGUGUGUACGGUCACCCCGGGAUCCCUGGAGACCCGGGACACAAUGGAAUGCCAGGACGUGAUGGCAGAGAUGGGGCCAAAGGUGAUAAAGGAGAUAUAGGUGAUAUAGGAACAUGCGGCACAGCUGGUAAAGAUGGACCAAAAGGAGAUAAAGGAGAACCUGGUGUUCCUAGCAUAGCUGGUGCGAAGGGGAAGCGUGGAGACAAUGGAGAAAGGGGUCCACCUGGCAAAAUGGGGCCCCAAGGCUUCCCAGGGCCACUGGGUUUAAAAGGUCAGAAGGGAGAACUUGGUUUGUCAGGACCACAGGGCAUCAAAGGGGACGUGGGUCCUAUAGGCCCUGUGGGACCACAAGGAGACAUUGGCUAUAAGGGAGACAAGGGCAUACAGGGUCCUUUGGGGCCCCCAGGGCGAUCAGGCCCAAAAGGUGAAAUCGGCCAUCCAGGUAUCAAAGGCAGCAGUGGUGUUCGUGGUGAGAAAGGGUCAAAAGGGGACAUUGGGGAGCAAGGCCCAAAGGGGGACAUGCCUGAGAUACCAAAAAGCGCCUUCUCAGCCAGACUGAGCGAAAGCUCCAAAUUACCUGCCGCUAACACUCCAGUUCUCUUUGAUAAAAUCAUCUAUAACCGUCAGGGACACUAUGAUCCUCAGACUGGCCGCUUUACUUGUGCCAUCAGAGGAGUGUAUUAUUUCACCUACCAUAUCACUGUGUACUCUCGCAAUGUAAAAGUGGUCCUGAUGAAGAAUAGUCAGCGAGUGAUCUACACUAUGGACAGCUAUCAAGGUGGUGAGGACCAAGCUUCUGGAGGAGCAGUCCUAGAACUGGAAGCCGGAGACAAAGUGUGGUUGCAAGUGGCUGAUAAACUGCUAUUUAAUGGGUUAUAUGCAGAUGAAGAUGACGACACUGUUUUUUCUGGCUUUCUCCUCUUUGCAACCUAA